AUGGCAAACCUCAGAAAUAGGCUGUCAUUCCCAAUAUCAGUCCUGAAACACCAGCCUUGGCCACAGUCAGCGGCGCUUGCGCCUAAACUCGAUAUUCAAGAGCCUGUUGAAGAGGAAAAGACUCCGUAUUAUAGUCCCGCUAGAUUUUAUCCAGCCCGACUUGGUGAAGUCCUCAACGGCAGGUAUCAACUUGCGACAAAGCUUGGUCACGGUUCGAAUUCGACAGUUUGGCUUGCCCGGGAUCUCAAUCAAUGGCGCUGGUUAAAAGGGAAAUAUGUUACUGUCAAAAUCAAUGCCAAUAUUCGUCAAUCACACAAACGUACCGCACGAUCCGAGCUGGAUACACUGCGAAUCCUUUCUAAGACCAACCGUCACCAUCAGGGCUGGCAGUUUGUCAGGCAUCUUCUUGAUUCGUUCACGCUCAAGUCCAACUCUGGAAAUGAUCAUUUAAGCCUUGUUCUUGAGCCCUUACGAGAACCUCUGUGGAUAUACCAGAAGAGAUUUGGUGGGAUCAUCCCAUCGGAUAUUCUGAAAUUGAUUAUUCAGAUGAUUCUUCACGGGCUGGAUUAUAUGCACUCAGAGUGUCGUAUCAUCCAUGCUGAUUUGAAGCCGGACAAUAUCAUGGUCAAGCUAGAGGAUCCAUCCUUACUAGAGGAAGCUGCUGCAGACGAAUUUAAAAAUCCACUACCGCAAAAGGUAUAUCCCGACGGCCGUACGAUAUACCUUGCUCGAAACAACUAUGGUCCUCCGCGAAGCACCACCGGCAUUAUUCGUAUUGUGGAUUUUGAUCAGUCUGUCCGUGGAGACAAGCCGAACAGCGGCUGUAUCCAGGCCGAGGUCUAUCGACCACCAGAAGUGAUUUUAGAUGCUGGCUAUUCGUAUAGUGCCGACAUAUGGAGUUUGGGUGUGAUGUUGUGGGACAUAAUUGAAGAUAGAAAGCUUUUCGAAAACGUAUAUUCUGUGGCUACUGAUGAGUAUGAUGAAGCUGGCCAUCUCGCACACAUCGCUGCACUGCUUGGUUCUCCUCCAAAAGAUCUUUUAGACAGGGGAAAGAGAACACAUCUUUUUUAUGGACCUGAAGGAAUCUGCAAGAGUCAAGCCCCGCCAAGUUUCAAUUUCAACAAUAUGCUCGUUCAUCUGCAUGGUGAGGACAAGAAUAUGUUUAUCACGUUCAUCAAACGGAUGCUUAAAUGGGAGCCAGAAGAGCGGAGCACUGCUAAAGAAUUGCUCCAAGAUCCUUGGCUUUAUGCGGAGUUUGAAGAAGAUUGA